CAGUUACGUCUGCAAUGACAUCACUCCGCUGCAACAUCAGUUGCGAUCUAUGCUCCCUUUCGACGUAGGCUACCACCGAAAGCGAUAAAGUGAAAUCAGUCUGAUCCCUCAUUGCGUGUGUGGUGAAGUGUUUUUGGAGUUUUUUCUUCUUGAGCCAACAGUGAUUGGAAAUGAAUUUUGAACAACCACCUCCAUACCCUGGGCCAGGUCCCACAGCGCCCGGCUAUCCUGCUCAGGGAUACCCGCCACACGGAUACCCUCCACAGGGCUACCCUGUCAACAUGGAACAGCCCAACACAGGCUUCCCUCCUCAAAACCCAGCGUAUCCAAACUACCCUGCUGGACCGGGUGGGCCUUACCCAGGACCUGGUCAGCCACCCUAUCAAGGAUAUCCACAACAACAACCAUUUGGAUGGCAAAAUGCUCCACCAGCUGGCCCAAUGUACGAGGAAGGGCCUAAGAACACAGUGUAUGUGGUGGAGGACAGGAGACGUGAUGACUCUGCGGACACGUGUCUGACUGCAUGCUGGACUGCACUCUGCUGCUGCUGUCUAUGGGACAUGCUAACAUAAAGUUUUGAUCACUUUAGACUGUACUAUGCCCACCUGUACUGCACUCCCAAACUUGUGGCCCCACAAAUUAUGGAGCCCUAAGCCCUCUCCUUUUUCUCCUGCCGUAGCUUACUAUCCCCUGGACAUCUGUUGCCCAGCUACAUGCUUUCUAAAUACACACCUCUCUCUGGUUGAGUUAAAUAUUAAUCCAAACCACUAAACAAAUGUUGUCCACAUUCAAAUUAGUAUUGAAAGCAGCAUUCCCAAAAUACAAUACCUGGCGUCUGUGCGUGAAACAGAUGUAUUUUUUUAAACUCAGACAAUCAUGUUAAAAGACAUGAAUUUAAAUCUUACAUUUACCAUAGGCUUUGACAGAGUAGAUUGCAUGACAGCAAAUAAAUGUGUAUCAUCUCUGCAUCUGAUCGAAGGAUAAAGUGCUCUGACUUGACCCAUGCUUGACGAAUGAGUGACGAGAUGGAUUAGAUCCAAUCCUCACUCCAUCAGCAUGGUGUCCAGGCCUUCCAUUUCACUCUACCUCUGUCCUAUUUCCGUCUUCAUCUCUGAUUUAUGAAUGCAUACCAGUGCACCCACACUCCCAUUCCUGUUCCCACAAUCCCCCUGAAGCUUCAGCUCUAUCCAUCAGGUCAGGAGUGGUGUGUCGGUCAGGCAAACAGUCAAAAGCUGUUGAGGCCAAAACGUACCAGGCCAACAGAAUCACUUAUCUCAUUCCCAGUCUGCCUUGACAACCUUUCAGUCCAUUAUUCAAAUGCAUACUCUGUCAGUUCAAGCACACAUUUGGGUUAUACAUUCUUUUUUGACCAUGAGGGGCUGCUGUCUUCCCAGUCAAUCAAAUAAAAAAGUAGGCCUACUCUAGGCACUGUUGAACUCCACCACACUGGACCACAGGAAAGAAAACGCGCCAAAUUUGUCAGUUUGGCAAGACAUGAUUAGAUUAUUCUGUACAGAGUUUUCAUUUUAAUGCUCCUCACCAAAGCCCAUAAACAAUAGAAAUCUGCAUGAAUACCUAGACACAAUAUUAGAUAUGAGAGGCAUAAAUAUGAGAGGGUUCCUGAUUAAGGCAGAGCUAUACUGGAAAGCAAAA